AUGGUUUUGUUUAAGCGAAAAGCCAUUCAUUUUGCACCACCUAUCUACGUCGAGGAAGAUGACGAAGUGUGGUGGAUUGAUGCCACGGGCGAGUACUUCAACAACUACGACGACUAUUUGACCCGCAUGGACUUCUACAAGCAGAAAAAGUUCAUUUGCGAGGUCACGGGCCACUCGUGUCUCACGCUGUUUGAAGCUCUCAAAAGCGAGCUGCAUGGCUCCAAGGAAAUCAUGGACGCCUUCCCCGAGAACCUAAAGGAACCUGUACUUCGACGCAUUCAAUUCUCCACAAUCAGCAGACUAGAUGGACUCGUUGAUACUCUCUAUGGCGAGUUCAAGAAGGACUUCUUCCCUGGAGAAAUCGUAAUUGCCAUCAUCGAAACCGCCACAGGAGCCACCGAAAGGGUCCCUGCCAUCAUUAGAGAAAAGGCCAAGUUCAACAGCAUCACUCUCGACUCCGGAGACGUCCGACCUGCAACCACAAAGUACAGACUGGAGGCAGUCAGUGAUCCAAACAAGGUGUACGUUUGCGACGAGACGCAGCUGACACGUGAUCGCAAGAACUUCACUAAGGUGACCCUCAAGACCUUCAUCAAGUACUCUGCAAAGAAGGAGAACUGGAACGGAGCGCCCUGGCUGGUGCGUCCAGAGUACGCAGAAAAGUAUAGAAUCGACCAGACAGUGCCCGUUCACCUGACGCAGUACCGAGGAAACCCGUCGCCUGAAGAACUGCGAAAACAGCGUACCCAAGACCGACUCAAGGCCAAACAGGCUCGAGACAAUGAGAAAAACGACAUUAUUUUGCAGCGACAGAAACUGAAGAUGGAGAACAAGGAGAAGAACGCUGCCGACGCGCUCAUAAGGACAUUAGGGGGACUCUCUGGACUCAAGGAAAGAGACAUCCAAGUCCCUGUAUCUCAUCAGAACGGAGGUGGCAAUGGAGGAGCAGGAUUGGGAGCCAAAACCCUUGCUACUGCUCUGGCAUCAGUGGUCACUGAACGACGAAGUCCUCCCCCUAAACAGGUGAUUAGGGAAGAUCUGGAACACCGUCUUGUGGGUGUGAAUCCCAAGCCUGUGUUUCAUUUCGACAAGUUAUAUCCAUCUGAUCUGACUGAGGUGUCUCUAGAAGUGUGGACGUUUAUCAAUGUGUACAAGGAGGUUCUUGUUUUGGACUCUUUCACCUACGACGAUUUUAUUGAUGCACUUCGAUACGAGGGUGAGAGUGAUCUGUUGAACGAGAUUCAUUGUGCUCUCCUGAGUCAAGUUGUGGGAACCAACAGUGAUUCUCUUCUGGUUGAGUACCCUGACGACAUCAGUGACGAUGAGGAGGAAGAAGACUAUGAUGAGGAGGAAGAAGAGGAGGAGGAAGAAGUCAAGAAGGAGGAACAGGAGGAAGAGGAAGUCAAGGAGGAAGAGCCGAGGGGUCGAACGCGACGUUCGUCCAGGCAAAUCAAAAAGGAGGAGACUGAGGAGGCAGAAGAGGAAGAGGAGCAGGAAGAGGAAGAGGAAGAGGAAGAGGAGCAGGAGCAAAAGAAUUCCAAGUCCGUGUCUCCUGGAGCUGAAAACAAGGGUGCUAACUAUGCUGUUUUCAAGGGAGUUGACUGGAAGACCCGCCUGCAACGUCGAAACUUCAAGGAUGGAGGUUGGCAAGUCAUUCUCAUUGGUCUUCUUUACAAUCUCACCUACUACGAGCCCUGGGAAGACUUUAUUAACGGUUGUCUUGAUGUUUGGGCUGCUGCCAAAGCCCCUGUAUCUCUUGCCUCUGCACGUGACCGGUACUUUGACCUUGAUUUUACCCAGAAGGUCAAAAUCAUCCAGAUUCUGUGCAACCUCAUCCACCCCACUGAUGCAAUUCGAGCGUACAUCGAAGAGUGCAUGGGUCGAGUGACUGAGCUUCGACGAGAUAAGGUGGACAAGCAGCGAGAGUACAAGAUUGUUUCUGACGACAUUCGGGUUCUCGAAAACGAAGUGAAGCGUAUUGAGCUUGAGAUGGAGGAGAAGAAGAUCCCCGAGGACAAGGAUGGCUUUGAGAAGAAAGCAGAGGGGAACGGAGACAACGAGGAAUCCGAGCCCCCAUCCAAAAAGUCAAAGACCGACAAUGACGAGCUGCUCAGUACUCUUAGGACUAAGAUCCAGGACAGACAGGAAACUCUCAAGGAGAUAAUUGCGGUCAUCAACGCCAAAGACGAGGAGAUUCGAUUUGCAGAUGUGAACCGGCUUCGUCUUCUGGGCAAGGAUCGGUUCCACAAUCGGUACUGGUGGUUCGAAGGUAAUGGUAUUGAGGAUGCCGGCGGUUCAGAAGAAGAAGAAGGUACCGGAUUCACCAUGGGCCGUCUCUGGGUCCAAGGUCCGUUUGAAGAGGAAAUCAAGUUUUGCCUUACUGGUGACAUUCCCCAGUCCAAGCGUGAAGUGGAGGGAGAAGGGUACUUGGAGGACUACACCAAGUGGGGCUACUUGGAGCACCCUAAGGAGUUGGGUGAGUUGAUCAAGUGGCUCAACCAGUGGGGUUCUCGAGAACACAAGCUUAAGAAGGAGCUGCUGUCUGUCUUGAAGAAGAUCAAGGCUUCAAUGGUGUCUCGAUUAGAGGAUCUCGGCAGGGAAAACGAACUGAGAAAGGAGGAUAGAAAGGAAAUCAAGGACGACGAGAAGGAGGUGAAGGAUGAGAACACAGACGAGGACCACCAGAAUGGUGCUUCUAGUGGUGACGGCAAAGACAAUGGAGAGACCAAGGAGGAUAAGAAGGAGAACGAGAAGAAUCAGAAGGAGAACGAUGUUGACGGGGACGAUGAUGAUGAAUUCGACCGAGUAUGCUCUUGGUCAAACGGCUAUGCCGUGUCCAAACUGGGCCAUUCCCACUACGAGGGCCCGGCCAAGAAACCUGCUCGAAAGGAUACUAAAAAGAAGAAGCGAUAG